CCGACCCGAGUCCACCAAAUUCCACAGCGACCCCUCAAAAGAAAAUCCACAGCGAUCGGGGACGAGCAGCGCCGUACGCACGGAAUCGCCGCCGCAUCGCAUGGCCAACCACGGCGACCUCUCCCCGCCGGCCGACGGCGGCUCCCAGGAGCUGAUUCCAGUCAUCUACCAGUCACCAUACAGCAUGACACCGCAGGGUCCUCCAUGUUCAUGGCUUUUUUACUACAGGCCAGUUCCUCUCGGAGGUUUUCGGAGGCCCGUGUACGAAGAUGGGACGACAAGGGUGCUAUGCUUGAGCCAAAUGUUUUCUCCAGACCAGCUAGAAGACGACGAGUACUACCAAAAGUUUUGCCGGAGGAUGACGGCGGAAGGACAGAGAUCUGGCGGUAAACUCAGGAGGACCGUCGUCCCACGGCCAGACCCCAGCGGCGCUCCGGUCGCCGGAGUUGGCAAGGUGUUUCUGGAAUACGCCGAUAUCGACAGCGCAGCAUAUUCCAAGACGAUGUUGCAUUGGAUGUGGUUUGAGGGGAGGCAGGUGUUUGCUGUGUUCUAUCCCGAGGACAAGUUUGCUGCUGGGGACUAUGAUGGAUAAAAUGGAAAUCUUACUUAUCUUUAUUGUAAGAAUUAUGUGUCUCAAAGCAUACUUAAGCAUAAUAUGUUUAAAGAUCUGAUUGAUCAUUAGUGGAAUACAAUAAUAUGUAGUAUGUUGGAAAGACAGUAAUGUUGCACGUACGAAUAAGUUACUGGGUUUUACAAAGAGAAUUUA